AAUAAAGUAACAGUGUGGACACACGUCUUUUAUUCAGUCUACCGUCGACCAGCCAUGUCGCAACAUGCAACCACCGCCUCAAAAAUAGUGACCACAGUGAGACAAAAUUUCAACAAAGGCACCACGAAAACUCUACCCCACCGAAAAAGCUCCCUCAAAAACCUCCUAAAAUUUUUCGAAGAAAAUGAAAACGCUAUUGUUGACGCAGUCUUCGCGGACUCCCGACGACCCAGAGAAGAAACUCGAGUGGAAAUAUUCACUGCACUCUCUCACUUGAAGUACUUACUAGAUAAUGUGCAAAAAUGGUCAAGGCCGGAGAAAGCGUCAAAGCGAUGGGUCGACCUUCUGGAUGGGGUUUACGUGUACAACGACCCAUUUGGAGUCGUUUUGGUGAUGACUUGUUGGAAUAUGCCCAUUUUGACUUUAAUCCCGAUAGCAGGAGCUAUAGCUGCGGGUAAUUGUGUCGUGGUUAAACCGUCACACAACGGACCGAAUUUCGGCCAUUUCUUAGCCACUACUUUACCUAAGUAUCUGGAUCCUGAGUUCUGCCCCGUGUUUUGGGCUAGUCGUGACGAUACCCCGAAGCUUUUGGAACAACGAUUUGAUUAUAUCUACUUCACGGGGUCGCCUUCAGUCGGCAAAAUUAUCCACAACGCUGCUAGUAAACACCUCACCCCGACUACGUUACAAAUGGGGGGCAAAAACCCCGUCUAUAUCGAUUCUACUGCCGAUUUGGAGCUCGCAGCGGCUCGAAUAAUCUGGGGCAAGUGUUUAAACUCGGGGCAAGUUUGCUCAGCUCCGGAUUACAUCCUGUGUUCGAAACCAGUCGAAGAAGGCUUCAUCAAACACGCCAAAACCGCCAUCGAGAAAUUUUUCCCCGACUCCAAACACUGUCCCAUAGUCAACGACCACCACUGCUACAGACUGUCAAAACUCCUCCAAGGUCUAGACAUAGCGCUAGGCGGCGGCACCGACCUCCCCCAAAGAACCAUGGAACCCACCAUCGCCGUCAACGUCUCCCCUGACCACCCCAUCAUGCAAGAGGAGAUCUUCGGCCCCAUCUUACCCAUCGUCACGGUCAACAGUCUCGACGAGGCGGUUGACUUCGUCAACCGCCGGGAAAAACCGUUAGUGAUUUAUCUCUUCACCAAGAACAAGUCGGCGAGGGAGUUUUUCAUCGACAAUACGUCGUCUGGGGCUGUUACCAUCAACGAUACCCUAAUGCACGUGAUCGUGGAAAGUUUGCCCUUUGGUGGGGUGGGUUCGAGUGGCAUGGGGCGCUACAAAGCCAAGUACAGUUUUGACACUUUCGUCAACAAGAGGAGCGUUCUGGUCAAGAAUUCGUGGAGGGUGGUGGAGAAGGUGUACGAAUUGAGAUACCCCCCAUACACGAAACGCAAAACUGACAUGAUCAAUUUUUUGAACAAGUAUCGGGGAGGGCCGUCCUGGGAGUCGGUGUUCUGGUUGGUGGUGUUUUUACUGGGGGUGGUGGCUGGGUUUGUGUUAUUUUACGUGGUGGUUGGUUUACGCGCCUGAGGGUUUAAUAAGUCAGUACCUAGUUUUAGGAGUUAAAAAUUUUACUUUACAAAAUUAGUUUUCAUCUACCUUUAGAUACAUUUUUAAAAAUGUCCGUCUGUCCGUCUGUCUGCCGUCAGAUAAUCUCCGAAAGUACUGGGCCGAUUGUUGUCAAACUAUACAGAGUGUUUUUCAAGUGGAACGCCUCGAUUUUCUUAAUGAGUAUGUCAUUUGUCACUAUAAAAUCUGCCAAAAUCAGUCUUAUCUUAGCAAGUACUAGCCCCGCCCACCCGCCCCGUUUUUAUUGUAACGAUUAAUUUUAUUUCGAUUCAGUAUAAGUUGCACCUUUCAUUCAGAGCAGAUCGAAUUGAUCACUGAAAUGGAGGCGGGGUGGGUGGGCGGGGUUAAUUAAAUUUUCUUUUGUAGAGUGAAAGUGGGAACUAAUAGAACCUAGGCACUAAAAGUAAAAUAAAGCGCCAACCGUAACAUUUACGAGAAUUUCUUAUCUCAGAAGAAAAAAAUGAGAGAAUGGGUGCGUGGGAAUGACUGAGUUUAUCUUUAUCAAGUGAUUAUGAUGGACGUGUUAUCAGCUCCACUAUUCCAGGGUUAUCAAUUAUCAUUGGUAUCAAGUUAGUGUGUCAUGUACGCAUAUCAAACCAACUCACACUUUCAUUUUCAGGUUAUUUAUUUGUAUUGUUUUAAUUCUGAUGAUAUUUCUAUACACGAUAAAACAUCUGCCAACAUACCUACUAAUUUUUCCUUUAAUAUAAAUAUUUGAUUGUAAAUUCAUUUUCUUAAAGAGUUAGUCUAAAUUUUGUUCAACGACUACUCACUUAGAUACUGUAAAAUUGAUGGUUUCAGUAAAGCAUUUUUCA